AUGUACUAUAAUUUUGUCAGUCAGCCAACUUCAGAGUUGUCACACUUAAAAACUGUACCAAGCGGUUGUAACUUGAUAGUAGCUGACGCCAAGCGUGGAUUAUUGUACGUAGCAACUGACGAUAGAUUGACAGUAUUAAAAAGCGACUGCGACACAAAUCCAGAUUGGAGAAUCGACUACAAGCUGCCUUACCCUAUAUCACGCUUGUCAAUCAGCUGCGAUUACUCUUACCUAGCUGUAACAUUCAGCAGAUCAACAGCGCACAUUUACAACGCGAGCUCAUUGUCAAAAAACUCUCUGGAACUGAUCCACGAGAUCCAGUUGUCCCGCUCGAGCCAGAAUGUGUUUGCAUAUGACCUGCGAUGGAACCCGGCGAUACCAGGUAUGUUUUGCACAGUGGCGAGCGACCACUCAAUCGGGACUUUUCAGGUCAAAAGCGAGCAAAAGACAACCGUGGGAGUCGUAGCAUUAGAAAUAAUCGACAGCGUCGAAGCUAUGUGCGUCGCCUGGAGUCCUAAGGGCAAGCAAUUGGUGGUAGGCUGCAAAAACGGGAACAUUAUUCAAUUGAAGCCAGAGUUAAAGGUGAUGAGAGUUAUUUCUGGUCCUUCACCCAGCAUUGGCCAGCUGAUUACCAUUCUUUGGGUGAGCAAUUACCAGUUUUGCGUAGCUUACUACGACAGUAAUGAACGCCGGGUUGAUGUGCUGAUCGUUGAUGCACCAAAAGGCGCUGAUGCAAAGCCAACGUUUACUAAUUACGAAGAUAUUACCUUCGGAAUUCCGGAUAACGAUGGAGAGUACUCUCCUAGGUACUAUUUUGACUACAUACCUGAGUGGAAUUUGAUUAUAGCUGCUAGCAGUAGCAGCAGUGAAGUCGCUGUUCUAGGAUCUCUUAACAAUGGCGUUAACUGGGAGCAGUGGCAGCUUAUUGACAGUGGAAGAGCUCAGCUUCCUCUAGUUCGCACCGUUGAAUCUUACCCAGUUGGCAUGACAAUUGAUAGGUCGUCAAUUACUAUCUUACCUUGGGGCCCGGAGAGCACACUACCUCACCCGGUUCCAGUUUUGCAUUUAUUUGGCACUUCGGGACAGAUUGUCAGCUUUCAUAUGGUUAACUUGAUGCCAAAUUGUCCGGCUUUGUGUUCACCGCCUUCAGAACCAGUCAAGGUAGAUCAAAAUACCACCGCUGCAUCGGAAAUUAAUUUUGUUCCUCAUUCUGUAGCUACAAGUACUCCCAGACCAAAACAACAGGAGUUCAUUGAGAGGCCUAAGGUUACUAUACCGUCUCCGAAUUUUUUUAGUGAACCUGUUUCUGUUAAACCAGUUUCUGCAAUUCCAACCGCACCUGUUAGUUUGCAAAAUCCACCGGGAAAUAUUGAAUUGAAAAUUCCUAAGCCAAAACCGAUUGAGAAGCCUGAAAUGCAAAAAACAGAAUUCAAACUUUUACCUAAACAAGCACCAGCUCCAGUUUUAGCUCCAGCUUUAGCUUCUGCUUUAGCUCCACCAGUAAAUCCAACAAUUAUUUCUUCUAUACCAGCUCCAGCUCCAGCUCCAGCUCCAGCUCCUUCAGUAAUUGAAAAGAUAAAUUACGAUGACAAUUUAUGCUGGCGUGCGUUCCGAGAAGAACAGAUGCAUUUUGAGAAAGAAUUGCAAAUAAUUCUCGAGCCACGAGCUCUAGACAUCGGUACUGAUGAGGAACGGCAAAAAUUGAUUGUUCAAUGCGAGGAAGUUAAUAGUUUUAUACAAGAAUUGAACGAAACGACCAACAGUUUGAGCAACGAGAUAUCUUAUCUGAAUUCGUUGUUACUGCAAUCGUUUGCGUGGUUGGAAGAAACCAAGUCAAAGCAGUCAAGUGGUAAUGUAGCGCGCGAUCAUCAUGACAAAAGUAAAAUAAAUGAAUUGCAAAGACGCUUUGCUCAUCUUCAGUCGCAGUUAAUUCAAGCGAUGAAGGUUUUGGACGCACGAUGGGCUGACAACGAAAAGCUGGAAAUGGCGAAGUUCAAGGUUCCUGGUUUGGAACAGAUUUAUCAGUGUCUCACGAGGUACGAUCAACUUAUUCAGGCCAACAAGAAACGCCUGGAUGAGCAAACGAAGAAAUGGAAGGCUCUGUCUCGGGGAAAUCAUAUUUCUCAGUUAAACCAGUCGCUUUCAAAACUAAAUAUCAGCUCUAAUUCUCCCGGAAACACCGACGGAGACAUGAUCGAGAUGCGUUGCAGGACCAUCGCUAACAACACCCGGAACUUUACUGCGUUGAAACAAUCCAAGUUACGCGACGUCUUGCUGCAAACAGAGCCACGUAUUAUAAAGAAUGUUAACCCGUCGAACAUUCACAGCAGAUUGGAAGCAACUCUUUCGGCUUUGGUGUUGCAAAAUACUGUGCCUCCAAAGAAAGAAGAAAAAAGCACAUCUACAUAUUCGAGUACUCCUCCAAGGAAAGAAGAAAAAAGUACCUCUACUGCUUCUACUAGUGCGCCAACUAAGAUAAUAUUUUCAUCAGUAGCUCCUCCAGAGACUCCAGUGUCUAAACCAGCUGCCAAACCUGCUGUUCAAAAUCCUCUUGCUUCACUCAAUCGUAUUGUAGCGAAUCUCGGAUCUUCUCAAGAAACUUCCAGUCAAAAUAAAAGCCAACCUUUUUCUUUUCCAACCAACACUUUUUCCUCUGUUUUCGCAAACAAUCUCACGACUCCCAAGACAAGUAACGAUAAAUUGAACUUAAUUGGUGGGCCAACAUUUGUUAUCAAGAAAGUGACUACUGUACCCAGUAUAACUCCCGUGCAAACACCACCAACAACAGCAGCCAGUUUUUCAAAACCAAUACCAAUUUCAUUCGGCUCGCCUGAACCAAAAUCUGAAAACUCAGCUCCUAAAGAAAGUACAAAGCCAGUGAUUACUUUUAAAGCCAAGGACACUCCGGUGACUCAAAGCCAACCAUUGUCUUUGUUCGGAUCAAACAUCCUUGAUAAUAAUUCUUCAACUAAAGUUAACCAACUCGUAACAAUUCCGCAAAACCAGCCAACAAAUCUUGGAUCUAAUAUAAGCUUAUCAUUAAAAAGUUCUCUUCCAGCUCCAGUGACCAGCACCAGUCAGCAACCACUCUUCAGCUUCGCCAGCCCGACUUUGACUACCGCAACUCCUAAGACUACUCUAACAACAGCGCUUUCUGAAUCCAUGCCGGAGUUUUCUUUCGCUUCUAAACUGAUAGACACACCAGCUUUAUCCUCGACAAUUUCUGAGCAGUUUACAACAACAACAACAACAACAACAACAACAACCACUCAAUCUCUCGACUUGUCCAAGCUAUCCAGCAGCUUUUCACUUUCUAAUUUGAUGGCUGAAAAACCUAGUUCAGUGCCAAGUACGACGUUCUCUUUCAGUCAGCCGCCUGCUACUUCAACUGUAUUAAAUUCAGGAAAACCGGCUAUAACUGUAGCUUCAAUUGUUCCCGUAAACGUUACCGUCAGUCUGCCAACUGGAACGACUAUUGAAAAACAACCGACAACUACUCCAGUGUCUACUCAAGCCUCUUCAAUAUUCAAGUCUUCACCACUGUUAUCUUCAAGUCUUUUUGGAGGAUCAACUCCAUCCACUCCAACUUCUAUAUUCGGUGGUGCGGCAGCCAUAUCAGUCUCGCAGGCACAGCCCACUUUGCAGGAUAGUAACAAAGUAACUUCAAUUCCAACUUCAACAGAAAAACCAGCUGCUUCAAUUUUUGGUGGUCUAUCCCAAUUAUCCUUCGGACAAAAUCAAUCUACGGGGUCCAGCUUUCCAGGAUUUGCUGCUACUACUACUACUACUACUACUACUACUACACCAACUAGUUCAUCAGCAGAAAUUAAUUUCGGUAAACCUCCUACAACAACUUCAACUGGAUCAUUAUUCAGACAAUCUUUACCAGCUGUAACAACAGCGACAACUACACACUCCUUCGGUUUAUCAGCAGCUACUGGAGCGACUGGAGCUUCAACAUUGUCAUUUGGACAAUCAGCAGCUGCAUCACCUUUUGCUCAGUCUCCAGCAACUCCUGCUGCAGCAGGAUCACCUUCAUUAUUCGGACAAUCCACUGCUGCAGCGCCUACUGGAAUAACUUCUUCACCAUUUGGUCAACCUGCUGCUCCAGCUACUUCUGGAGCAUCACCUCCAUUUAGUCCUGCUGCUCCAGCUUCAUCUGGAACAUCACUAUUCGGACAAUCCAAUGUGAAUGCUACGACUGGAGCAACUCCAUCGAUCUUCGGUCAAUCGGUAUUGUCACCUCCAGCAAACACUAAAUUACCACCAACUACUGCACCAGCAGCACCUAGUUUAUUUGGAGGCGCGCAAAGCCAACCAACUAGUUCUCCCUUCGGUGGAACUUCAUCUUUGACUUCAAUGUUUGGAUCCACGAGCGUCAGCUCCGAAUCAACGACACCUGGAACAGGAAUCGGGACGACUGGUUCUAUUUUUGGCGGAGCUGCGUCAAAUACACCUUCAUUGUUCGGGUCAGUUUCACCUGGAGGUGGUUCAAUAUUCGGAGGAGCUGCUGCGAAACCCGCAGCUUCGGCGUUUGGUAAUGCUCCAACAUUCGGAUCACCUCCAGCUAUGCCUACUUCUUCAGCCUUUGGAGGGUCACCGACUUUUGGCUCAAAGCCUGUUUUUGGUUCCCAGCCAUCUGUUUUUGGAAGUUCGAGUCCUUUUGGUGCUGCGCCGACUUUUGGGAGUAACCCUGGAAGUGUUUUUGGAUCUGGAAUGCCCGCUGGUCCACAAGAUGGGUCCAUGUCUAUGGGAAAUACCACUUUUGAAGCAUUAGGUGCUCAGAAUGGAGGACUUUCUUUCAACAGCUUGGCACAGAAAAGUCCUACACAAGACAAACCAGCAUUUUCCGGUGGAAGUUCAUUUACUAGUUGGCGAUAG